AAAUCAUUAUUGGAAAAUGGAGGUCUCUAUCCAAUAGCCGCACUAAAAAGCUAGAAGAGCGGAAAGCUAAGCGUCAAAUACACUGUUAAAACGUAAUCACGUAUAAUGCUGGCGACAGGAACCUUUACAAGAAUCGUUCAUACAAGGUCGACUGGACAGAGUUUUAGUCUGGUCUUUCCUCCAUCUUUUUGCACUACCAGGGGGCAUCUAACCAACUGUGUUAGACGUUUCACAAUUUCUGUCUCAAGAAGUUUCCCCUUAUCUUGUCAUCUAAAGUUGCACUGUAAAUCUUCACCUUUUUCGUCGUCACAGCAUCAUAGGACAAUGAGUUCCAGCUUGCCAAGAACGUUAAACAGUUUAAAUGAUGCUUUUUCAGACCCGAAUAAAGCACGGGUUGUGAAGCAGCUAGGGUUGAUGAAGCCUCGCAAGCCUUGGUUAGCUAGCUGUACAGAGGAGGCGGCAGUAUUUGUGCCUCUGUGCCUUGUGGACUCUGUUCCUUCAGUUCUCUUUACUCUACGCUCAAGUCAGUUGAAUAGCCACAGAGGAGAAGUCAGGUUAGACUCUAUUUUAUUACUUAUUCAGCCCACUUCCAACUUAUCCUUAACACCUGGACACGUAAGCAGGGCUGGGCUCACUUUGCCAAGAUAACUUUUAUCCCGCUAUCAUGUGAAGCAAGCCAGCCCAGAACUGGGACGCUUACAGAAAGACUGGAAAAACAGUGUUUUGUAAAACCCAUAGUCCUGCAAGUCACUGGUCUGGUUUGCCUGGCUAGCCUAGCCUGAGAAAACAGCUGGGGGUGUUUGAUGAUUCCACCAACUGUUUCCUUAUAAAAUGAUAUCCCUUAUAUAAGCCGACAAGCUUAUAAGCCUACCCCAGUAGGUAGGAUUUGGGGCCUUUUUGGUCUGAAAACAGGUAUACACUUCGCUUAUUUUGGUCUGGAAUCGGGUAUGGUUUUUGAGAGAACUACGGGAGCGUACGAACGUAGUUGAUGAUGAUGAUGAUGAUACCUUUAUUAAAGUGUCAAAACUGUAAUAGCGGUGUAUAACCACUGAGUGGGGACACUAAAAUAGAUUUUAAAAAAAAAUAAAUCAAUUAAUAAAUUAAUUAAAAUUAAGAAAAACUAUGUAGUUAUCAUUUCAAUAAAUGAAUAAGAACAACAUAGAAAUCUGGGAAUUUGAAAUGCAUUUGAAGAAUUUUUUUAGUGUGCGCUCUAAUCUAAGUAAUGAUGACAUAAUUUCUGCCUAAAGGCAAGGUCUGAAAAUAGGUGUAAAAAAUGUCAUUCAGAUUUUCUCAUUGCCUGGGAUCAAAUUUAAUGUUAGGCACCAGGAGCGACUGGGCACUGCAGGAGCAGAACUUUGUUAACUUACUUUGGUGACUGGACUUUGAAUAGAAUUUAAGUAAAAGCACACACCAGCCAUGAGGCUGAUACAGCCAGAACUUAAUUUUCAGUUUCUGUAGGAUAAAGCACCUGUCACCAAUACCCAUUUAUAAACCUGGGUGAAUAAGACCUUUUUUAAGCUAUGGUAAAAGAGGCAACAAAAACAUGCAACUUGUUUUGCAGUGUUACAGUAGAAUGGAAGCAGUGUUACACAUUUUACCUCACACAUUCAAACCUGUCUUGCAACAAAUCAGCUUGCUGCAAGCUUGAAACAAGAUAUGUAUUAAUUAAUUAUAUAAUUAAUAUAUUACAUAUUAAUUUUUUUAGCUUUCCUGGAGGAAAGAAAGAUCCUGAAGACUCAAGUUUAAUAGAGACAGCUAUCAGGGAAAUGGAUGAGGAAUUGGGGUUGGACAGAAGGCAUGUUGAGGUCUGGGCUCCAAUGCCAACAAUGCCUGAUCGGGUAAGGCAUUGUCUGUCAAAAAUUAGUUAAUCUAAUGGUUGUGCUUAAUCUAAAACUUCAGGUACAUUGCACUGUGCAUUACAACGUAGUGUUUAAAAGAAGAAAAGAGAGGAACUUGCUAGUAUUGAUUUUAGUCACUUUUGGUAAGAAAUCUGAUCUUAUCACUUGAAAAGAAAAAAUAUUAAUUUUUUUGGACAAUAAUUUAUAAUGUAUACCCAAACAUCUGAUUUGUAAGAGUAAAGUAUAAUGACAAAUAAUUCUCAGCCCUGUCUUCUCCGCCCAAUAAACAAUAAAAUUAGAGAACAGAAAUUUAAAUAAAGUUGAAAGUUGAAGGUGAGAAUUUUUAAAAGAAAAACUCAGAGAAAUAUUCUUUGACAAUCCAAUUUAAAUCGAUCAUGGUUUGUUUAAAUACUUGUAUUAUUUUGUUGAUAGCUUGGUAAAACUGCAAUCACACCUGUUCUUGGGUUUAUUGGAGAAAUUGAUGUCACUUCACUUCAACUAAAUCCACGUGAGGUAGGUGAAUUAGGUGUUGUUUGGUCUUGGUCCUUAUGGUCCGUUGUCUUUCAAGAUAGCAGGAUUAUAAAAUUACCAUUUCACUUGCUUUACCCUAGGUUGCUUCAGUGUUCACACUUACCCUGGAUCAUGUGUGCAGCACUAACAAUCAAAGAUACACUAAACACAAACACCUUGGAGUAACAAUCAUGAAAAGACCAGUGUUUAUCAAUGGCCCCCAUAGAAUCUGGGGUCUUACAGCUAUUGUCCUGGACUUUGUUAUGGAAGUUUUGUGUCCAGAGUUUUAUCACAGGAUAUUUCAAAUUAAAGGACAUGGCCUGGGAUAAAUUACUUCUCCUUACUGAGCAGAACUUAAGCAUUCAAAAAAAUUUUUUUCAAAGGUCAUUAAAAAUGUUGAUGCCAUUGAGCAAAAGGGCCCUUCCUUGAUAAUGUAGCGUCUUUCAUUUACUGAAAUGUCAGUGAACACUCUGAGAAUCUUUUGACAAAACACCUGCCUUUCAAUAUGACGAUAAAGUUCCAUAUCUUAGAUGUGCAAAGCACACUGUGUAGUUAUCCUUGUAAUAUUGACAUCUGGCUGUCCCCUCUUUGGUGUGGCAUUUUUAACGACAGACAAUCUUUUUUAUACUUAUUUUUGAGGGUGCCUCUAUAAUAAUAUCGCAAUAAAUUACUGCGUGUCAUUAUUUAUAAAGCGUUGACACACGAAAAAAGGCAUAAAAAUUCAUAAGAAUGAAUGGAUCAUAUGGUUGGGGGGGGGUGGGAAAGAGGGGGGUAGGGUUAGGAUUACAAGAAUAGAAUGGACUAUGGCUAUCCACCUAACAAAUCACUACAGAUCCAGUAGAUAAGUAUUAUGGAAACCCCUGGAUAGGAUUUAUCUGGUGGAUAGCAUUAUCCACCUUUUGAAUGCCUGGGGUCUGAUAAGUUUCAUAUAACUUAUGCCGCCAUAUCUCUGUCCGUGCAGGUGGAUUCAGUUUUUACUCUUCCUUUGAUGCAUUUGUGUAAUCCAGUCAAUUAUGGCUACACCAAGUUUACUUCACGUGCUAUCUUACCAGUCUUUAUCAAUGGACCUCACAGGGUAUGGGGACUAACUUCAGUUAUUCUAGAGCAAGCUCUGUUGCUUCUGGUUCCAGAUUAUUACCCACAACAAUUUUGGACAUUUGCAUUCAAACCACUUUUAGCUAAAAUUUAA